CCGUCGCCCAGUCAACUAUCGCAGUCAGUAGUAAGACAACCGUCGCGCUGCGCACAUCGUACGGGAUCUGGUCUCCUCAACAUUCCGAACACGUAUCAACUAAGAGCCCAUUACGGUUCGCUUGUUUAUUAGGUUGUUAAUGUUAAUUAGUUCUAUGAUUAAUCAUACUGGAGAAAACCCACCGGUUUAAUGUCAUGUUGUUCGGUACUCGUGCUAACUCGAUUAAGGUGCAAGUAAAGGAAAUUUAGUGAAUCGCAAAAAAUUUUCCCAUCACAAAACGGAAAGAUAUUUUCAGUGAAACGUUCCCAUCGCUGACAACAUUGCAUCUGGCAACACCACAUUUAUGGCAUACAUUUCUCUGUCUGCGCCUGCCUGGUGUAAAUUGUCUGCUGUCAUUCUGACCUUGUUUGUUUUGAACCAGAGUUCGCGAAUCGACACACACUGUGAAUGAAUGUGCGUUCGAAUUCGGAAUCGAAAAGAGAGUGAGCAUUUUUUUUGUUGUUUCGGAGUGAAUCGGAGCGGAUUUGACACUCGCCAGGAGAAAGAAGGGAGAACCGUACGCACCAAAAAGGAAACGCAAGGAUAGUACCUGCUGAAAGAAAGGAAAAAAAGGAGCAGAGAAGUGUUUCAUUGGAACAGAAACGUAGCUCAAGUGUUAUUUAGUGUUUAUAUAGUUGAAAUCAGCGAAAUCUAGUGAGACAAUAGUUUUCGUUGGAUCCGGGAGUACAUCCAACGUAAAUCAAGAUGAAUAAGCUAGACUACGAUGUAGAUUGCUUAGAAAUAAGUGACGACCUGAUAAGCAUGGCCGAGGACAAUACACUAGGUGACUUCUCACAUAUCGACGAUGAGCUGCAGUUUGUGAAAAAUGACGGAAUGCUAGCACUAAGAUUAAUUCAAGUGGCAGAUAGUUUAGACUCACCAAACUUUCUCACAGGAUCACCAGCUAAUUCCUACCCAACGCUAACCAACUCGAGCAGCGAUCCUAAUCAAUGCUCGUUCUUUGUGAUCAAGAAAAACAACGACAACGUAAAGCAAAGCAGGCCUACCGUCAACAUCAGCAGAACGGGUCCAAGGUCGGCCAGUGACUGCCCCAGUGACACGAACCUGAAUAGAAAGCAGCGCGAUGACCGGCGUCGGGCGAAUCACAACGAAAUCGAGCGGCGGCGGCGGGACAAGAUCAAUAACUGGAUCCACGAGCUGAACAAGAUCAUCCCCGCGGAGCACAUGAACAGCCCGCCGCAGGAUCCGCAGGCAAACAAACAGAACGGUGGCACGGGUGAUAACCUGUCCAAGGGGGGCAUCCUGGCGAAGGCUUGCGAGUACAUUACCCGGCUGAAAGACACCAGCGACAAACUGACCGAGUGCCUUGCCGAGAAGGAUCAGAUACUGCUGGAGAACCUGCAGCUGAAGGAAAGCAUCAACCAGCUGCUGACGGAGAACAAGCGGCUACAGUCGGAGCUGCAGUUCGCCCUCGCCACCAACGUCAAGAUCGAGUCGUAGCCAUCGUCAAAAAGUCAUUAUCACUUUAUCAUAGUCUAGGAAGGUACUGCACUGUAGGUAUUAGCCGUUUGAACGAAAGUGAGAGAAAGAGAGAUAACUAACUAGUUGUGAAGGUGCUGUUUAAAGAACGCUGUGCGAUCGUAAAACACACACACCCAUAUAUAUAUACAUACACAAACAUACAAAGCAGAGAAUCAGUAAUGUAAGUAUUCGUCAUUAUUAAUUAAUCGAUCAAUUUACCAUAUAGCGUUAUUUGUUGAAUUGCACUGAACGGAAGACUCCCAAGUGUACAUAUGAACGAGACAAGCCAGAAACAACAACAACAGAUGAAUGCAAAGCGCAUAGCAAAAGGAAAGUGAAAAUAGUUAGUCAGUCGCCCGUAUGUUGGCAAAACCUAUAAUAAUAGGCGUUAACCUACCCACAGAGUAAUCAAUCGCUCAAAAUAAUAGUCAAUCAGUUACCGUGUCCCAUCAGAACCAGAACAAUAUACCACCACCACGUUUGGUUGUCUAUUGCUGGAUUUCCCCAUAUCUCAGCGCUUUCUGUUCGUCCUUCGGUUCUUGUUUCGCUACGAAAUUCCUGCCUAAGUUUAAUAUAGGUCCUAAUGUUUCUAUGUACAUACAUACAUACAUAAACUCGUAUUUGGCGGUCGUUGAUUAUUUCAUCGAUCCUCUUUGUAGCUACCGUUAUUGUUUGAUUAGUUGUAGAAGUCGCGUCGAACGUAAGAAUGUUCCGAUAGGGGGGAAUGAAGGUGGAAUAGUUUUGCUACUUGUCGAUUCAUCACUCAAACUGCAAAUAAUUCUCUUUACCACCAUCGUCGUCGUCAACGACGUCGAAGACGUUGUCACACGUUGAAGGUUACAUUUAUAUCAUGUUCAAAUAGAGGUUUUGUUGAAAAUUUAAUCCAGUUUACCUCCCUCCACGUAUUCAGUCUCAAUUAUCGUGAAUGAUUGCACAAAGCGUAUGGUGGUUUAGGCAAACGGUCUAAUCUUCUGCUUUUUGGCUGACAAGCCACACCGCGAUGCGAAGGCGCUUGUGUACAGUAUCACUUAACCCGGCGUGACGGAUUGCGAUGACGAUAUUUGGUCGCAUCUUCGCAAAAGUUAUCGUCAACCGAGCGAAGCGGGGAAGAAGGUGCUAACUCGAUCACUAUUAUUUGUUCUGCAUAGUCAGUCAGUCAGUGACUAGUGGUCUGAACGGGAGUAUUAUUUUGACGAAAUAAACACACAGCAAGCGCUGCUUUUCGUGAUCGAUUUCUCUGCGAGUGUCAAUUUUGACUGAGCUCUGAAGUGAUCGCGACCGGCCAAUGGUGAUAAUUGGUGCACCCUCAAGAUUUGUCGAGCAGAGCAUCGGGUCUGAGUAACUACGGCAGUACCAAUAUUUGUUUAUUCGCAGUCUAGGGCAUUUUACGGGUACUGGAGCGGAUUCGAAAAUUCCAUUUAGGAAAAAAACUGACACAGCCGGCUUAGUUUCACAAAUAUCGUUUAUAGCUUUUCGAUUGGCCGUACGGAACUUGGUCUAAUUUUUAACGAUCAUAUUUACUUUAGUCCCAUGGCAACUGCCGGCAUGUCAACAGAUUUGAGUAGGUCCUUCGUGUGGAAAUGUUUCUCAUUUUUUUAACGGAAACCUUAAAAUGUUUCCGUAACAGUACUUUCAAUGGGUUUUUUAAAAUUUUAUGUAAAUACGUUUCAAUUAAGGACAUUAUACAUGCGCGCCACAACAUAGCUUCUACGCCGCACACAUCCCUCUCCCCUGCCUAACCAUGUAUCUGACAUGAGCAAAUAUAAAAAUACGUUUUUCAAUACACUAACCUUGCCGGUGUACCACGAAACUGCUACUUAAGGAAGCUAGAACAUUUUCCUAUACAAUCAACCCGAGUUUUUGACGGAAUUCUAGCUAUAGCUCUUAUUUUGUGCGAAAAUAUCACCCCUCUUCACUUGGGGUUUCUUAUCGAAACUCUUUUAUUUUUCUUCUCAUUUUCAGAACACUUUUUCAAAUGCACUUUAAUCACACACCACUGAAAAAACACCCGCGAAACUUUAGUCGUUUACUAACUAAACUUCAAAUUUUCUGCCAAUUGCAGAUUACCGAAGGAAAAUGUCCGAAAACUCUUAUUUGUGCGUUUGAAUUUUCACUUCGAAUUCCAUUUUUUCUCAAUGUAAACAAGCACGUCGGUGCCUAGCAACAAGCGUGCGUUGCUGGCUUCCACAUAUCUUCACCUUAAUGGUUAAUAUAACAUGAAUUCGCCACUCAUUCACUUUUAUUAAUCUAUUAUAUGAUAAACCGCUAACAAACGAAAGCCAUUUGGAUUUUUGCUAAUUAUUCUCGUUAAUAAAAUAUCUCGGUGUUAGGUCCGACGAAAAAAGUCCGUUUUAGCAUGGCUUCAUUUUAUCUCGAACCCUAAUCGAAGAAUUUGAAAAUGGGAACCGAAUUCGACCCGAACGUGAGAAUACAAAAUUUGGGAAACCCCAUCCCGAACCCGAGAAUUUCAACUCUUACGUCCCCAGCCCCCAUUUCCUUGAAAAUGUUCAAUUUCGAAAUAAUGCUUCUCAGCCGCGUUUCAACCAAAUUUGAUGCGGUUUUGCGGUGAAACGACCACAAAAUUGGUCUAGUUUUAGAAUUAUAUUUUUAUAAUUUUGCAAAAUAAGGGCACUGGAGACCAUUUUGAGGGCUUUUGGUCAAAUUGGACCCGGGAUUUUCUGGGAACCUGGUUCCACCGGUAAAAAGGGUCGAUUUUCUACUAAUUUCAAAACUCAUCUUGCAGCACUUCAAACUUCAUGAUUUCGCAAAACAAGCAAAUUGAAGGCCAUUUUGAGAGCAUUUGGAUGAAAUGGUCACCCUCCGGGGUAUUGCGGGAAUAGGGUUCAUCCGUAAAGUGGACACUUUUGGCCCUUUUUGAAUUUCGGUUGAAAAGUGUCCUCUUUGCCGGAAAACCAGGCAGGGCCAGCGAAACACCUCUUUCCCGAGUAGGUAGUAAGGUUCGAAGUGAUUUCUCCUCGUACUGACGAUUCCAGUAAUAGUAUUAGUAUCGAUUCAAACCAGCCAAAAUUACGGCGGAUUUCUUCCCGAAUUCAGGAAGAAUAGGCGGAACUAUAGGUCUUGCUUUCCGUACAAGACGGAAAGGACUGUUAAUGUUUUGUGCAGUGGCUACCUUGCUGUUGACGUCCGUGAUAGAAAAAAAUUCAAUUUAACUCCGACGGAAAUACCUCACCAUUAUUCCGUGUCGGUUUUUUUCUAACUGUGCUGACUCUCCGGCGACCCACAUCCUUUCAGGCUUAGUGGAGGUCGAUUUGAAUAUUUCUCCGAUGGCAAAAAUAAUAACGGUAAAUCUCAUUUUCGAUACAAAUUAUAUCUAAUACAACCGACCCUAUAAAGGCUUUAAUUGCGAAAUAAGGAUGGUCUACUUCCGGACCAAAGACAAGCCAUUUAACGUCAUCGAUAUAUCGCGUGAUCUAACUAAACAACACUCGACCGUGUACGAACAAGUAUUUUGUCUACGUAUCCGACCAGGAAGUAGAGAUUGAUGGUGUAGUCUCCUAUAAGGGCUUUAAUUGCGAAAUAAGGUUUUUUCUAGAUCCCUGUGCUUCAGACAAGCAAAAAAAGAGCAGUAUUAGAAAACUUAUUUUUCAACAGCCUCGUUUUGAUCCUUUCCCGGAUUUGUUCUUCCAAAAUUUGUUCUUUUGAACGGGGCUCGUCUACUUGUUCGCCUUUUUGUACCGUGGGGCAUGAACUGCUGUCGUUGCAAACAAUGAGCCCAUUGUAGAAAUAAGGCGCGGUGUGAAAAAUGCGGAGAGUAUCAAGAAAACUUUUUCGUCUGUGGAGAGACUUCGAAUGAACUAUCGACAUAUCCCGCAUAUAAAUUAUACGGAGAAAAAUUGAAGCAUUUUAUUGCGAAACGGUGGUAAGAAAUGUUAAAGAAAGCACCGGCCACGACUAAUUUCUACGCUUCCUUGUUCAACUAAAGAGCGACAAUUCCGUUGAGGAAACAUUUUUUAAUGUGCCUAAUAGUUUUCGAAAGAUGAGAAUCAUGUCCUCCGCAAGAUUUAAUCGUAAAGACCUGAAAGUGUACCUUGAUGGGUGCUGUUACAAAACCGAAGUAAGUCUCGGAAAGUCCACAUGGGACAUCCAAAACUUCAAGUGUCUCUAUAUUUCAGUCCUAUUAUUUUUUUUAUUACUGAAAAACGCGGUUAUUGGCACCGGUUCGUCAACGGAUUAUCGAGAGAAACAAUAUUUCGUCUAGUAGCGUUGUGUACUCGAUUCGACCUUUGAUCGGAAUACACGGAACUAAGAAUCCUUUUUCGGUGACAACAGCAUUCCACGUAGAUUCACAUUUUUCAGUAUUUCUUGUUAGAGGACACUCGAAAAUUGGCAAAUUUUGGGGGAUAAUGGAAGUUUAGGAAUCCCAAAGGUAUCAACCAACCUUGGGUAAAAAGAAGGAUGAACGUCGUGACUUCCUUCGGGUGGCAUCUCGGGACAUGCCUAAUAAUUGCGUCCAAUACGUUGAAUGUGUAUCUCCGGCGUAUUGGGGUCGUGGAGAGCGUUCUCUGCACUUGCGGUGACGGUUAUCGCGACAUUAAACAUGUUGUCUGGUCGUACGCCUAGUGUUCUAUACACCAAACAUUUACAAUGAAAUGGGAGUUGGGGACGAAGAGUUUAAAUUGAAAAAUUCGAACUCAAAAACUUUAAAUUUGAGAAACCAAACCCGAAUCUGAAAUUGUUAAUAUAGAGAACUAGCCAGAGCUCCGGAAGCUUUUGAAUUUUAAGCACCAGAAUUCAUUAUGUUAUCAACUCCUAUUCGACAGUUUUCACGACGCCACCCACGUUACGGUUUGAAAAGGCCCAUGUUGAGGUGUGUCAAUUAAGAUUGUCCGAGUUUUUUUUUAUAAUCGCGUUAGAAUGUUCGUUUGUGAUGUGGUAUAUAAGGGGCCAUCCAUAUACCACAUGGAUAAUUUAGAGGGUUUCAGAAAAGGUCAACGCCUGUCUAUGGGAAGUGAGAUGGGAAUAUGACAAAUGUUUACGUGAACUCAUCCCAUAAUUUUUUUUUGUAGGAAAAGUGCGAACAUUUUUGUGCUACUUUUUCAAAUAUUAAACUUGUGUAGUGUGGUUGAACAGGGACACCACCGAAUAUGUUGCGUGAAGCGACGAAUGAACUGAACGUUCCUUGAAUUGACAAUAGAUACCAUGAUCCAAUAGCAUGGUUAAUGAGAGAUUUUUUUUCAUCAUUUUCAUUUAUAAUGGUAUUAAGGUGCUCUGACAUUACAACCGUGCGUUUCACUGUAAUAAAUUUCAAUUACCAAUUUUAUUCAAAAAUAUAAUCGACCUGAAAAAGACCACUUUUUCUGUAAUGAUUUUAAUGCUUUUAUAUCACCUAAAACUUCAUCCUGAAAUUGAUGAAGCAAUACUAAAAAGCUGGUUAUUCUUGGUCGAAGGACUUAUUGUAUCGUGCUGUGCCAGUAUCGAGCACCGACUUAUUCAAUUGACAUCCUAUUAUACCCUGAUUUAAACAUGUGCAGUUGUGUGCGCAGACAAAUUAAAAACGAAAAGCUACGCGCACUUGGUGUUUAUUUUCCCCAGUGUUCAUGUAAAGAUGACGCUUAAAUGAAUUGCUCCACACGCAUUAAUAGAUUCGAGUAAUUUUGAGGGUGUGCUUUAAAAUCAAUUUUUGAAGUACUUAAUAUACCUAUACACUUGAAUUAUUCUUUCAAUUGAUGAAAAAACCACCUGGAAGUGUACAUAACACACUAAAAGCGUAAAUCGUUAGCAUGGUGAUGGGAUAUUAUACAAUUGAAAAGAUUUGGUUCCAUUUAUAAACCUAAAAAGUCCACAUAGGGGUACAGGAAUUGUUCACGAACGAGGAGCAGAAGAUCGUAAAUGGAAGAUUUUCUGUCCACAAUAUACGUCUUUUUUGCUGCAAGAAGUAUGGUGUACGCAUCAGUAGAGCUACUGUGAUACCUCCAAUGGAUUCCUCAAGAAGUACGGUGUACGCAUCAGUAGAGCUACUGUGACAACUCCAAUGGAUUCCUCGAAACAACUCCAAAUCUCCACAAACCCGCUAGUGGGUCGAAACUAGAAUGUUCCCUCGCAACGCAGAUUAUGCUAAGGACUUUGUAGUUGAUGGUUUAACGGCAAUUAUAUUUGCAUCUCGAAAAUCGCCUAAAAGCACCAAGCCUCCAGAAAAAUAAACAAACAUUGCAUGAGAAGAUCCUCUACAUUCAUUUGCAAUAGAGACUAAUUAUCCCUCCUAUAGUUCGCUUAUGUUCGACUGUUUCAUUGUCUAGUGGCUCCACUGAAAUCGGCUUGCGGAGCAACUGCGGCUAUAUUUGAUGCGCCUUUCAGACGCCCGCAAUGUGAGAUUUUAUUGUAAGCGCGACAAUAAGCUAGUAUCCAACUUCUGGCGAUCAUAAGGACAUGGCCAAGUAUUAUAUUAUUGAUUAAAAAUAUUCAACAGUAUCAGCCACUUAUGCCAAGUGCGAUGGUUACAGGGGGUCCUUCAAGGAAGUCGUUGAAAAGCGAUAUGAACAAAUUUGCGCUGAUUAACUUUAAUGAGUUGAAUAUCGUGAGUUGAAUAUGGUGCUUGAAAUUCACUUUGGAGUCCCAAAUCCAAAUUCCCGUUUGAGAACAGUCGAAUUUAUUUUCGAUAGUUUGUGGGCGAAAUUUGGAGGUCAUCUUAUUGGCAUACAACCCAUUUGAAUUCUGCGUCUUUGCUUCAAAACGGACGAGUUUGAAGUCAUCAGCAAAUGAAUGUUUUGUAUAUUUCAACAAAAGGUUGUUUAGAUAACGUUAAAAUAUAAGUGGUCCGAGAUGACUACCUUGACUACUAGUAAUUAGACAUGUCAUGCAGUCUCUACUGUCAUUCUUACUGUUAUUUCCCAUUCGGUCAGAUACGAACGUAGCCAAUUUAGAAAAAGAACCAUUGAAUCCAAGCCUACUUAACUUAAGAACCACGCAGAAGGCAGUGUAUAGCCCAAGUAACAAUUGUGAUUUUAAGGUACUCUUAAAGAGCCUCUUAAAACUUAGAUUGCACUUGUAGCAUGCUAUAAAACUUUAAAUGCUACUUGGUAGGGUAACUAUUUGAAGGCGUACUUGUGAAGAGAAUUGAAUAACGCUAGAUGUGUAGGAGGCUAAGUUUGUAGUAGUUGGUCGUUGGGUCUCGGACAUACGGCAGUUAUGAGUGAUAAAAUCCAACACCAUAAAUCCGAAUCGCUGACACACUGCACAUAUUGCAGCUACUUCCUUUAUAAGCAUAUAUGUCAAGCAGUGGUAUUAUGAAAAACAAAAUUUUGCAUAUGGUCUGGUCACACCGUGCAAUCAAUUUCUUCUUGGGACGUAGUAGGUGUUAGCUCUAUUGUUUAUCCAAUGACAGCGAAUCAACCGCACAUUCGGUUUUGACUCUUUGUUAAAUAUACUGUGUGUCACUGAAAAUACAGGGUACGUCAUCUGGAUGUAUCCUAUUUAAACAUUGAACAACUCCGCCAUUUUCCAACCGAUUUUGCCAGAAAAAUACAAUUAUGAAACGUUAUUAAGUGCUAUUUUAGCUAUAAGUCGAUUGACACCAAAGGAACGCGCUGAAUUCGUAGUGCUUUACAUUAAAAACGAUCAAACACUACUGCACGACCAGAAAGUAAUUGUUUGGGCCGGAGUGUGCUACAAAAAACAUAAAAUUUGUCCUUAUUUUUUCAGAGAGAGAUACCAUCGACGGCGCACGCUACCGUUUGAUUUUGGUGCACUUUGUCUGUCCACAAAUGCAGAAAAAAGGUCUGAAAAUAAGGAUACGAAGUUUAAAAUAGUUGUUUGAAGUGGAUGAUGGUGACGAGCUUUUACAAGCGAAUGUAGGGCAUCAGCUAUUAUCAGCCUAAUGAACAAAUAUUAACUGCAAAAGCAGAGGAUUGCUGCUAUCACAAUAGUUAUUCAACAGAACUGAACCGGUCAUAGUCAUCCAUAAGUUUUCAAAUGUUGUGAAUUGUUGAAAAACAAGCUACAUGUUCAUACAUACAUGGAUACUGUUAAUUAGGUGAGCAGCUGAUUCGAUUAAUGUCAGAAAGCUGGACGCCGCCAAACACAAUGAUCUUAUCAUUCAAAGUCAUUCGAUUUGUUAUCAAUGAGAGUGAGUUCAAAAGCUGAUCGAUAAGGUUACAGUCAAAAUCGGACAAGUGCCUUAUGAGACCAGCGCCUUAUCCUCUGAAUCGUCAGACCAGAAGACCAACGCAAGAUUAAUAUCUUCAAAUAUGAUACACAUCAUUUUUGCCAUCGGAACCUAUACUAUUCGAAAUACAAUCACACCGAUUGGUUGCUUGGUUUGGAAUGUGAACUUAGCCGUAUCUGGAACAUCAGAGGCUCUCCUGGAAAAAUAUAAAUAUUAGUACGGUUUCUGAAAACGCUGUUUCUCACCUGAAAACAAAAUGACGGACGCACCUUUUUCAAAUCGCUUAGGGUUGCUUUACUAAGCUUCAGCCUAACGCCUAAUAUCGCAUCAGAAUACUUUUUCGGAUAUAUUUGCGAUUUUUCAUUUUUACAGGAUUUCGGAUCACUAUAAUUUGAUAGAAUCUGAUUAAUGCUGGUGUUGUUACAGGUGAUUUUACCCACUUCCAUGAGACUGAUGAACUUUCAACGGUAGCACUCAUUUGCAAUACAGUUUUCAGUGCGAUCGCGUGAUUACGUGAAUUGAAUUACGCAAUAUUUCCGUUAGUAGCCAUUGCUAAAAAAUACAGCAUUAAAUUAUAAUCAAUGGGAUAUAUGUAUUUGCAAAUUUUUUACAUACCUUGUUAUCUUGUUUACAUUACUUUGAAGAAAAUUGCAAAAACGCUGUAAUUGCAUAUCAAGAACAGACACUCUUUGGUUCUCUUUCAUUAAAGAUUCCACCGGGAUUGGUUAACCAGUUAAUAUACUUUAAUUUACAAAAUAAUUUCUUAAAAGAACGUCUAAAUGAUUUGCGGAUAAUGCAAAAUUGGGGUACAUUUCGAAUCUGGUACUAUCAACGGAUAAAUCUACAAUGAAAGGAGUAUCCAGACAUCAUGCUUGGCUUACACAAAGCCUCAUCAUAUCAUGAGCAUUGAUUGGCCUGAAAUGGCAUCAUGUCACUGAAAAUCAACGAUGAUUUCUCAGAACAUUCCAGAACUACUUUUGAUUGAAAACAAGAAACUGAUACUGAACUAAAUUGAAAGACGAAUAUUGUGCCUACGACUGCGAACACUUGUGGUUCGGCAAACAUCUCGAUGAUUUGUUGUCAAAACACUCCAGUAUACUUAGUACCAAAUCACUUCAAAUCACUUACCAUGUAUCAACCAAUCACUAACCGGUCUACAUUGUGUACAACAAAAAUGCUGAAUAAUGCACCUACCAUUCGAUAUUAAACUCUCACUCGCGGAAUUUCCCUCGUUCGCGAACGGAAAAAGCAAAUCACUGGCUACAUGAGAAAAGCUGCGGAAACUCAAAUCCCAAUUCUCGCCGAUAAAGUUCGAAUAUUUCCUCAAACUACCGGGUUACUAUGACCUUCGCAUCCGUGUAAACGAUAAGCCCAACCGACGCAAAUGACAAUCGCCUCAGACAAGACAAGGUGUAUCACCUCGAUCAAAGACCUCAAUAAACUCCAAUCAAUCGCAUUAGCUCUAUAAUCAAUUGUUACAAUUUGCAAGCAAUUAACGGUUAUGACGGAGCUUUUUAGUCAGCUUUACUGGUAAUACCUAUGCCAGUAAAUACGAAACCCUGAUGUGGCAUGUGGCGGGUGCGGUGCAUACACAUGCUAUUAUAAGAUCUUAACUUAUUCGGUCGGCCUGUGAUCGGCAGUCGGCUUUUUUCUCGGCAGACGACUGGAGACAGCGACAGUUCCAUAGAAUCGCAUCGAUCAUGCUAUAGCGGCGGCCAAAUUACCUACGGGGAAAUAUUGGAAAAACGUGACGCGACCAGGCCGGUCAGCGCCGGCAGCCGAUCAAUGAAGUGAUUAAGAUGCGGUGCGCUAUGGAAAAAAUAUUUACAAUUCAUCUGAAAAGUAGUAAUUGCUGAUGUUGUUGUUUUGUACUCCCCCAGUACCUUGAGGUGAUAAACACUUCUCUCCGGGGGUAUUUGAACAGUUUGACAUUUGAGCUAGUUUAGCGAUGGGAAGUUGAUGGAAAAUAUCUAGCAUGCCAUGACUGGAAGAGUCAAACAGAAAAUGCCGGAUCUUAAGAAACGCACGCGGUUUGUUUAUCUUCUAUUAGCGUUCCCCCGGUAACUGUCUUGGAUGGCUGUUGAUUAGAUAAAGCCUACUACUCCAAAAAUACCUUCACGAUAAGAGGGAUUUGGGAUGUUCCAUCUAUUUAGUAAUGUUUGAGCAAAUGUUUCCACUGGAAUUAUGAACUCAGCGAAAUGGCUUCCCUUUUUUAUCAUGUGGAAAAACUAAUCCCGAUUUCCGAUACACAGUUGCUAAGUUAAAAUACUAACAAGAACACACAAAGAACCUGACGGAAUGUACACACCCUCUCAUUUUCAAGUACCUUCGUCAGGUCAGUCAUAAAAAAUGUAGGUGAUAACAUAGCGGACGCGUCACACAAGUCAUAUGAAUGAAACGUAACACGCUGCACUGGUGAAUGCCGUGAUGAUCCGAUAAAGAAUCAGUUGUCGGUCACUCAUUGUUCAGUAUUAAUGAAAGUUAGUGAAGAUUGCAAAUGUCAUUUUGCCAGCGCGUGUACUGUUGUGAAUUUAAAAAAAACUUGACGAAUGCGCCUACUAUGAUAUAUUCUACAAGAGAUCAGGUAUUUGAAAAUUAGCAUCCAGCCCGUAUAGUUCCAGUUCUGUUCGCUCUUAUCACUUGGCUGACAUGCGUGAAGGUUUCGUUUUGAAAGAAUACCUUCCUCCUCCCUGGCACCAUGAUACACACACACACACACACACACACGCAGUGCAAGAUAAGUACUCCAUUGUUGACUGUUGAUUGUAAAUUAGGUUGUUGAAGAAUGGAAUCUGUUUUCAGAAGUAUAACGAAUGAUGACAGAUGAGGUCAAAGCGUGUGGAGAACUUGUGCAACUGGCCCCCGCGCGGUUUGAGUUUCUUUUCUUCAAUUUGUACCGUCAUCCAGCGUUCGAGUUUGCUAACAUCCUUUUAUCGGUCAUGCUUCAAGGCUUGGAAGCUUAAGAAAAUUCACAAACAUAACAGGUGUAACGACACGUGUAAUCUAUAGUAGAUUGCUGGGAUGGCAGCAAGCUUUGAGAAAUUGAUUCGAAAUGGAUGGAGCAACAGCUGUCAAAUGAAAAGGGCUACUGACAGACGGCAUUUUCCAACCAAUGCUCUUUUUCAGCUUGUAAAUUGCGUUAUGGUUAAAUAGUUUACCUUGGACUUCUCUGCGACGACUCAGAACAGGUUUUGCCAUGCUUUUGCACAAUUAUUGGCAUUUAAUGAUCUUCCAAAACUUUCACGUUUAUCACAUAACCCGAAAACACUGAGUUAUUAUUUCUUCACUCACUUCACUAAAUCUUUCAAGAUUUACCGAACUCAAAAUCACCGCGUAAACCAAAUUCUCAUGCAUACUUCCACUAGUCGAGGAUUUGUUAGGAAAAACAUGAAAAUCGCACGAAUUUGACAAAAGAUAUUCAAAUGGCACCGGCCGACAACUAUCAACAAGCAACGCGUAAAGAGUGAUGUCAUCUUUUCCGAUGCAAUUUUGCAACGCCUGCUUAGUUUCCUGUAGAGAUACAUCGCCUUUAGAAAUAGGGUAGCGAGUUUGAGGGAUUUGGUUCGUAGCGGUCGAAAUACGGAGUUGUCAUACCCAUCGCUGUUGUCAUAAUUGGAAACAAAUUUAUAACAAAUCAUAUGGGCUUAUAUAUUUAAAAAUAUAUGUUGUUACCCCGUCCCAGUGAGUUAUACGUUACACAUUGGAACUUGAAUCGAAGAGAAAAUGUCAAUGACACCGGUUGUGAUGAUACUUGAAUAAUAUAAGCAUGAAAUCGCGCACGUUUUACCGCAGAACUGCCCGGUGGUUCAAUUGCGCAGAUUAAAUAUAGAUUACUGACUGAUAGGCAUACUUUCGUUUGAUGAUAAUGAUAGCGUCUAACAGCGGCAAUAUCGUAACAACGGGCCAUCAUAAACAUGAUUUUUUAAGUGAUUCUCCUCUGUAUGUAACUUGAACGUUUUAUUUUUAUUAUUUGUCAGUAUCAACUGAAAAUAAUAGGGUGGCUCAAUUAUCGUCUUCUGUUGCCGGGCAGUGCAGGAAGCAAGCAACGAACUCAUCGUUUAAUGGGUUCCGCUUUUUCAUUGUUGCUGUACGAUUCGGUAUUAACCCUUGGUUGUCCAGAUGCCGUAUCGUGAAUAACAAACGUAGAUUGGAAGAAUUUGACUUUUCUAAAGAUACACGUGAAACGUAACCCCGCCGAUUUGUGUCGGUGAUAAUGAAGCGACGCUUCUUGGUCGCUGUCAAACUUUUUUACCGAUUGCUUGGAUAUUGUUGCAUUUUUCCCGCCGACCCGCAACAGGUUAAUAACUUUUACCGCCAAUCAGCAGCGACUCUCGGCCGAGGUAAUUUCAGCUGCAUUCGAUAAUACCCGCCCGUGACAGCCGUCCGUGAUUUCCACGUGUUCGCAGGAAAUCGCGUUUUGCUCGAACCCGCCGCUAAUAUAGCAACCGCCUCGCCUGGUGAGAACAUCAGCGGGAGAUGAUUGAUUUAUGGGCAGGCGGGAAAAUUGCGACCUGGUGGUUGGCGGUGUUCCAGCGACGAAUCUAACAACAGGUACCGCACACGAUAGUUAUGCUUGAUUAUUGAUGAAAAAUGAGCGACAUGCGAGUCAUGCGAAUGUGUGCCUCCUUCCUCCUCCUCCUGUACGAACGGACGGGUGGAAAAUGCGGAAAAGAUGAUAGGUGCUUGAAGGUCGUCGAUCGGUGCACACUGUGAUGUGCUCCGAUUGAACAAUUCUCGGAAAGUGACAAUCUGAUUGCAAAAGUGUUUCCUUUUUGACAUUUGAUAUCGUGUCAACCAAGUGGUCUAUGAGUUUCCGUCCGAGCAGCAAUGGAAUAAACAUAGCUUAUGAAAGGAAACUAUCAAACUCAUCACAUUAAAGUAGGCUGUGCCAUCAGUAAAGUUCGGAAAUAAAAGCCAAGCUUCACAAGCGACGCUUUACUGUAGUGUGUUUAUACAAUCUAAGUGCUUUUAUGGAAGAAACUUGUCUGUCCGCACUCACUUAUAAUUUCCUAUUAUCGAUAGAUGCAAACAUGUUUUGGUUUGGAUGAGGAAGGUGAUAGCUCUAUUAUACAUCCAACGAUCCAUUUCAAAAAUGUACGUUCUCAGGUCGUCUUCAUAGUUAGUAUAAACAAUGAACGUGCGUUAAUAUGGUCAGUAAAAUCUACUCUUUCUUCCCAAGUCGCCUUUGACCGUUCUGCUCUUCACCAAACAAAUCCCUAAACCAGUGGUUUUCAACCGGGGGUGAAUUCACCCCCAGGGGUAAAUAAGACUAUUGUAGGGGGUGAAUUAUGUGGGAUAAAUUUUAACUUGUUAUCCUAGUAUUGUCGUAGGAAUUUUGUCUUUAUAUAUUGAUUCAGUGUGUCUAGAAUUGAGAUGCUUGCUGAGAGUGCUCAGGGAAAGGUUUCUAAUAGGAAAAGUAUGGUGUUCAUCCAAUUGGAAAUCAUAUUUUUCUGAGAGGGUAAUUAAAGGUAAAUAAAGGGGUACAUCAUAAGCAUCAAUAUAAAAGGAAUACAUGAAACGAAAAAGGUUGAAAACUCUUGCUAUACAGCAGUGAUUAAAAGUUGACAAUUCCUAGUGUUCAAAAUUUCAACGCCUACUAAUCCAGUAUCACUAGCCAAAAAUUUUACCCUGUUACAGCAAAACUAUUCCACCUAAUUCCCCAUUGCGUACCCCACUGGUGCGAUAUUCAUACUUAACAAACAAAGUAAGACAGCAACGAUAAACAAACAAACAAAACAUAGCAACCGCAGUAAGAAACGAAGAAAUGACAUAUCUGCAAACUCAUCCUUGAAUGCCGGCGGGUGCAAGCAAAAGAUAUUAACUGUAAGAAUUGAGGUGGCUGUUCUAGCCGGAGGGAUAGGAAUAAAAAAAAAUUCAGACUUGUUAUUGAAAAUAAUCGUGCAAAGAAAAAAAAACACAGAUUUUAUACAAAUCAGCAAACAGUGAGAGUAACAGUCGCGGUUCAGUUUUUAAAUGGUAGGAAGCGGAAACGCAAAAUCCGUUAUUGUUUUUUGUUCCCCACCCUGUAGAGGUGACGUUUGAUCGGAUUCUGUUCGUUUUCAGUGUUAUUAAGGCAAUCAUACACCUACAGCCAUGCUCACAUUGUUACUGUUUAUGUUUUUCAUUUCAAUAAAAUAAUUCCUUUAAGACUAAAUGUGUUUUCGUUACCGUUAGUAAGUAUGGUUUGUGCUAAAUCGUGUUGUUGAAUAUAGUAUAUAUAUUAUAAUAACGACGCAUAGGGUAAGCUCGAGGAGAAAACCCAGAAAAGAUUUUAGCAAAGACUAAAGAGAAAAAUACCUAAAUAUAUAUAUGAAAUGCGGAUAAAUGCAAUAAUAGUGUUAUUAUUUUAUUGAAUAAUUACCUACUAAUUGUAAGCAUUUUACUGAUAUAUUAAUAUUAUAUAUAUGAAAAGUAUUGGUCUAUGUACAAAAGUUGUGAACAAAAAAAAACGUGCAACACGAAAGGAGAGCAAGUUACUAUUGCAAUAAUACAUAAAACAAACUAAAGAGCGCUACUGGCAGAUUGAAAUCCAUACAAAUCAAAGACGAAUAAAGUUUACGAUCAUACUUAAAGAAGGAAAGCAAAUAAUACUAAAUGCAAAUGCUAUAAAACAUAUUAUUACGAAAAAUCUAAAAAUAACGAAAUCAGAUACAAUAAUUAAAGUAUAGUUAUCAUUGAACUUUUCAAAAAGUUAUUAAAUUAUUGCUAUUACCUUAAAUAUACUUAAAGAAGAAAAAACAAGAACAUGUAUUAAUAUUUAUGAACACAGUGAAGCUGAAAUUUUACAGAACGAAAGCAAACAAUAUACACUAGUUGACGCGGGCAAAACUACUCUGAAAAUAAGCUAACAAAGUUAUAGUGAAUGUUGUUCAUCAAACCAAGAAUCCCAACCCAUAUUUCCUUGAAAAGUAAACAAAGUUGUUCGCAGUCGAUAUAAUGAUCUUCGAUUCAGUUACUUAGAAAUGGAUGUGUUUAUUUUUGUUCUGAAUCAAACAACAACAACAACAGCUGCAGUAUACAGAAUAUCGCGUUCACCAUUUAAAACAUUCAUCAUUAGUAAUAAUCGAAACAAGAAGUUAUGAUACAACUGUUACAAUGAACGAUACGCAAACUACAGACACACACACACAAUUUAGUUUUAAACGCCAGUUGAACCGGCAUUACACAAAUCAAACCAGUUUGAUCAUUGUAGCUGCGAAUCAAAAAUCCAAUCUUAAAAAAUAUUGUGAAAAAUAAAAACAAAUUAUAACGAUGAAAAGCCA